CGAGUGGCAACCUCACCCGCCGCGCCCGCCGACCUGCCCACCACGUGUGCGACGUGCAUUUCUGCUGUUUUGGCAUCGCCGCCCUGCUCGCGACCCGCCCGUGUCUCUGCACCCGCCAAAACCCCCAGCCAGCCUGCUCCGUCGCGACCAUGUCCGACGCGGGCCACGACCCAACCCUGUCCGACGACGACGCCAAUGGCCAUGCCACGCCUGCUGAGAAUGCCGACGGCGGCUCGCCGCUGAACACGGUCGAGGACCACGGCCUGGACGAUGACGACGACGACGAUCUGUUUGGCGACGGCGGCGACGGCGACGACGACGAUGGAAAUGCACUGGAUGCGCAGCCGGAGCCGCGCAAGCUCGACGAUGAAGAGCUCGACUCGGGCGACGACGAGGGCCGGGCAGAUCGCGCCCGCCAGCCCGAGGCGCUCGAGGAGGUUGAGCAGCAGACGUUUGCCUACAUGGACGCCGACCUUGUGCGCCAUGCCGUCCCCGAGCCCACCGACAACGAACUCUACCUCCUCAAGGUCCCGCGCUUCUUGUCGUUUGACGACAAGGCCUUUGACCACAAGACAUUCCAGCCGCCGACGACAGACCACCACUCCAAAGUCGGCGCGUCGGAGCACUUUUCCGCCUACAACACUGCCAUGACCACGAUCCGGUGGCGGCGCUCCCCCUCGAAUAACGCGGUUCUGCAGUCCAACGCUCGCAUCCUGAGAUGGUCGGACGGUUCUCUUACGCUGCAACUCGCGAGCGACCCUACCGUGCAGUUUGACAUUGACGCCAACACGCUUGCGCCGCCACAAGUAAACCCCAAGAUUCCCACGCCAACAGCCGUCAAGGAGGACAAGAGCGGCGCCAAGACAAACGCGAAGAAGGAGAGCUACACAUAUCUCGUUGCUCCAUACGAGGAGGCCAAUGUUAUGCGUGUAACCAACAAGCUCACAGCAUCACUCAACGUCGUGCCCGCCGCAAACACCAAAGACGCCGCGCUCGAGAAGCUGCAAAACGACCUCGCAAAGGUUGCGUCCAAGGGCCGCGACGACGCCGACCAAGCCAUUUCCUUUAUCAACGUAGACGAAGACCCCGAGCUCCGUAGGCAGCGCGAAGAAGCCACAUUCAAAGAGAAGCAGCGACAAUUGCGCGCCCGUGAGAAGCACGAAGCCCGCCAGGCAGAGCGCGCGAACCGCUCCAUGGGCCGCAGCGGUGGUCGUUCAUCAGGAGGUGGCCUCGAUAUUGAUGGUUUGGAAGACCGCGCUCCUCGCAAACAACAGCAUAGAAAAAGCGGUAUACGGCGUGAUUGGAGCGAUGACGAAGACUAUGGUGGUCCUCAGAGGAAUCGUGUCGACGACUAUGACGAGGAGGAUGACUUUAUCGCCGCUAGUGAUGAGGAGCCGGAGAUUGUUGAGGAUGACGAUGAUCCAGAUGAAGGUAUCGCGCCUAGUCCGAAGAGAUCAAGAGGGGGGGCCGUUGCCGCCGACGACGAUGACGAUGAUGAAGUUGUUAUCAGCCGGACAAAGCGGAGACGUGUGGUGGACGACGACGAGGACGAAGAGUAGGAUUAUCAUUCGUAUAUCACACGCAGAGCCAGACACAAUCUAUCUUGCUCGGCCAUUAGUAUCUCAUUUGGAUACAGCAUAGCCCGGAGUUGGUUUGUACGAGUAUCAUUCAGCAUUACUAUUUAUGCAAGAGAUUGACAUUUCCAGUUGUGAUGACUACUUUGUCUAGAAUGAUAUAUUAUGGGUCGUAGGCCUCCAGUCCUUGAAUAGCCGCUUUACUUGCCAGAUGCAUACUAGUGCAUGCACGAGUAUACAACCUUGACUCACCUUUUAUUCUCUCCGACUGCAGUUCCAGAAUGAUGCAGUAGAGAAGUUUGAAGUUUGACUAAAGAUGAGUACAUCAGAAAGCUUGCGGCUGGGGUGGAUCGGCCUCGGAUCCAUGGGUCUGGCCAUGGCAACAAACAUGCAAAAACACAUGCAGCAACAACAAAACGCCUUUCCACCACUCAAAUACUGGAA